AAGGAGUAAGUUCAAUCGGACUUUGCUCACUGCACUUUGUAAUGAUAGUUCCUAAAUCCGGUUUGAUCUAAUAAGCCGCUUGUUGAGUGCAAGUACUACAGUUGAGUUCAUGCAUUCGCGUGAGAACGACUCUCUCAGCGCAUAAUUAGAGCAAACAUCGGUGUGCGUUUGCUUUAAAAUAUUCUGUGAAUGCGAAAAAUUGCUAUAUGUACACAGAAUACUUGGUCGUAGGUUGGUAGUUGUUGUUGUCCAACGAAGUCAAUGGUGGGGCACGUAUGAAAAUUUAUUUGAAUAAGACUUGUAUCCAACAACAACGAGCUGUGCAAAAGAAAUGCGAAAAAUCGUUAAAUUUUAAACAUUUUUGAAUCGAACAGAGAGGCCAAUAUGUAACAAACUCUUGUGAAAAAUACUAAGAACUUUGAUUAGUCUCAUACUUGAACGAACCAACAAGCAGUUGGCCUCGAAUUUGUAAUCGGCUACCAUUUGUAAACAAUCUGUUGAACAAAAAUAACUGCGACAUAACAGUUUACAGAUGGUAAACCAGUAGCUACCGCAAAGCUUAAGUUUACACAAUAUUUCUUGCCACGGUAGAAUAUUUCGAUUGCCGGUCUGACUCGGUGAAUGACUCCGCAUGAUGAGAUCCCACCCGAAAAUUACUUUAACCUUCAGCGCACAGAAUUUUCGCCAAUGAAUUUGCAAAAAAAAAUAUGUGCAAGCAUUCCGCCAAAAUCACUCCUCCAAUCAGAUGAGAUUUAAAGCAACUUCGGAUUAUUUUCCAACCUCCCCCAACCAAUCGACGCGCCGCUUCUGAGUCUGCUUUCCACGGCUAAUGCCAACCAUCGCGUGUCCCAGUCGCGCGUCUUCUCUGCAUUCAAGACCAAGCACCUAUGAACCACUUUUUCGAGCCGCACAUACGUAUGUGCAGUGCAAUUGGUUGGGAAAUAAUCCCGCCGCAUUUACACCAGUUUUAACCUAGCAAGGCCACUCGUGUUAUGAGCGGCUCUAGACCCGGCAUUCCACCCCGCUCUAUCCAUUCGUCCAACGGUACGGAAAAACGGAACCUGAUUGUGAACUGCCACCCGGUCACAAGCAGGCUAAAGCCUGUUUUCAUAAAAGGGGCCCACAUUUUAUCGAAGCUUGUUGGUUUCUAUUUCGCUGGGACAACCCGAACGCACCUAGAACUUUCUGGUUUUGCGGUUCAUUGGCAGACUAAUUGCUGACUUUCGAUUGCAAAACUUCUGUUCCAAUUCUGUUCGUUGAAGGUGAGUAAGAGGUACGCUAGUAAUGAACUCUUUGAAACGGGUUAUUGACUGCUGCUGGCGAUAAAUAGCCAAGCCAAAGCGAUGCGAAAAGACUUCGAGAAGGUGAUCAGCCAGCAGUGUGGCGGCUGCUUAGGUGGCGUCAAAUGGUUUAGCACGGGUUGCGCACGGGGCUGAUCGGCACGGGGAGGGGAUCGCCGACGUUCUUGGCAGCUCCGUUUCCUACUGUUCUAGCGGUGUACGAGUGUGCGAGCUUGCAAUUAAAGUGAACGUUUUAUUGAAGUCGCUGGAGAAGUGAUCAGUAUCAAAUCGGUGAUGAAACAAGCAGGUCGGGAAGAGCGCCGUCGUGUUCUGUGAAUCUCCCCGCCAGCAGUAGCAGCUGUUAAGUGGUACGAAUAGUGAAUAUUGGACAUUACCGUGCGUAGUGCGUGCGUCACUGAAGAUGAAAAGAGUUAAAAAUCCAAGGCUAUGGAUCGGUUUGCGACCAAUUAAGGCACAGCUGGAAACGGCAAAGUUUAUGUUUUUCCAUGGAACGCAGUUCGAUGACCAUGAAGUGUUUGAACUUGACCAAGCUGAUAAAAUCGUGCGCCACCCCAAGUUCGACCGUAACAAACGUACGGUCAUGUACUUCCACGGGUACAUCGAAUCACCGGAAGUGGAAAGCGUGCACGUGAUCGUCGAUGCAUAUCAGAAGCGAAAUGACCAUAACCUUAUUAUUCUCGACUGGACUCAGUUGGCCGAUGGAAACUACUUGUUGGAAGCCGUCCCCAAUUGCCGAAAGUUAGGACACAAACUUGGAUCGGUUAUACUGGCGAUGGUUGACGCCGGCUUAGACGUUGAUAAGCUACACUUAGUUGGACAUUCACUAGGUGCUCAGCUGGCAGGUUACGCCGGUCGAACCGUGUUAUCUAAAUCCGAUAAAAAGAUUAAGCUGAAAAGAAUUUCAGCACUGGAUCCAGCAUUCCCACCAUUCUACCCCGGUGUGUUUGUGACGCAUCUGAGCGAAAAAGACGCACAUUUUGUGGACGUCAUUCACACAGACGCCUGGCUAUACGGAGCACCAGUUAGCACAGGGACGGCUGACUUUUGGCCUAACAACGGCAAAACACUUCAGCCAGGUUGUCCCAAAAGAAACUAUAAACCACUGACAGAUAAUGUAGUGCCAUUCAAGCUGGACUCACCCGAAGCUCAUGCCUGUCGCUACGCAUAUCUCUGCAGCCAUCGACGGUCCUGGUGGUUUUGGGCGGAAAGUGUUGCCGAGCGACCAACGGCCAGCUUCCACUCGGUUCGAUGUAAGUCCUGGGGAGACUUCAAAGAGGGCAAAGUAGACCGGUCCGCACAGAUUGCACACAUGGGAAUCGACUGCAGUGCUGAUGCCAAAGGGGACUACUACCUGCAGACGAAUGGAAACCCACCCUAUUCAAGAGGUGUUGCGGGCGCCAAAUAUGAAUAACAGUGGGUUUGCAGCAGUCGCCGUUACCAGUCUUAGCAUUAAGUAUAGUACAAAAUUUAUUGAAUUCGAUAUCAUACUUAAAAUAUUCCCGGGAACCCAAAGCAUGCGAGAUUAUUUAGAUUAGUUCGCAAGGAUCGCUGUUCUUCUAUUGAUAUUACUCUGGGAAACAGUAUACGAAUUUUCGGGUGUGUCUGUAAUAUAGAAGAUUCGCACGUUAUAUCCUUUCUGAUAAUCUCCAAAUUUGCAGUCUGUUAGAAUAUGCUUUUAGUGCACUUAACAUUGACGAAGCAGGCUAUGUGUAUUUUUUGAGUUUCAGUCCGUGCAUUAUAAUUGAAGAUAAAUAAAUUUUUGUUACGCUUGAUUAUUGGAUCUGCUAUAAUUUA